AGACCAACCACACGCCAGCCCAAACACAUCUCCCCUAUCGCGACCGCAUCAACGCGCCCCUCUUUCGCAUGAUUAACGACGAAUCUGAAUAAUUGAGAAUCACGAUACCCGCCGAAUAACGAGCAACACCAAACGAAACCCCGAUCCGGCCAGCCCGACGACAGCACACCAACACCAACUCCGAUAGUGUAGGUGAUACAUUACUCCACAUAAUUCAACAUGGCCAACAUCCUCGACAGCGAAGCCGGCACGGAGCUCUUCAAGCACUAUGAGACGGAAUACCAGCUGGUCCAGGCCGACCUGGUCCAGAAGCUCGACCAGAUCUCGGAGCUGACAGGCGAGCCCCGGAAAGCCGCCCUCAGCACCGCCGAGCGCGCCCUGGAGGAGGCCGGCGAGCUGCUGGACCAGAUGAACAUGGAGAAGCAGAACGUGCCCAGCUCGUCGCGGACCGCCAUCAACAAGCGACUGCGCGACUACAGGAGCGACGUGGACAAGUACCGCCGCAAGCUGCAGACGCUGGCCACGGACCGGAGCGCCCUGUUCGGUGGCAGAUAUACCGAUAACCCGGGCUCGUCGAGUGGUGAUAGGCAUUUUGAGCAGAGGCAGCAGUUGCUAUCUGGCACCGACCGGCUCGACCGGAGCACACAACGCCUCAAGGCCAGCCAGGCGCUGGCCGCCGAGACAGAGUCCAUCGGCGCCAGCACCCUGGCCGACCUGCACCGCCAACGCGAAGUCAUCGAGCACACCACCACGAUACUAUACGAGAGUGAAGGCUAUGUGGACCGAAGUGUCAAGACACUAAAGGGCAUGGCACGCAGGAUGGCUACAAAUCGGAUAAUCACUAUUGCCAUCAUUACCGUGCUGGUUCUGCUUAUCAUUGCGGUUAUCGUUAGCAAGUUCAGGUGAUUGCGUUGAGGGUGUGAGGGAGGCAUGCAUGGUUAUUGCUCUGCCUCACAUUGAAAUGGAAGAAUACUCAAGACAGGAAUACAACAGAAGGUAGAACAGACAGAGGUGUUCAAGGUGACAUGACGAUAUAUGAUGAGGUGGUUGAUGGUUUGGACUGUACCGAUGGAGCGUUUGUUAUAACAGAGACAUGUUCAGUUGUUUUCCGUAUCGUAGGGAUGGUAUCGUACGGGGGUUGUAUUUUUAUACAGACGGCGUCACAUGAUACAGACACCAUACGGCAUUUGUUCCAUGGACGAAACGAAACAGUUCGCCGUUUCCACAACUACAUGUUCCAUGAUUUCCCCUCAAGAC